AAAAGAAUAAUAAUUAUAAGCGCCGAACGAGGGGAAAACGGCCGGUUCAUCGUGAUGUCCUUCGGCAAAGUGUGACGAAUAGUGCUGUAUGAAAAAAACGAACACAUAAACUCCCGAGGAUUGCCCCGGGGCACUGAGUUGUGAGUGUUGGUUCACAAAAGUGUAGUGACAACGCAAGGAAGCGGGAAACCGGAGAAGGUUUCAAAUUUCCAACAGCUGACAAGCGGCCCCAGUUCCUGCGGUAUCGAUUAGGCGCCCCUUUGUUUUAUUUUCACCCUUCUUCCGGUGUGACACGGCCACGGCGGUUGGUGUUUGGCAAACAUCAUUAGUUGCCUGCCCUGUGUCCCGCAUACACACACCCCACCACGGGACGACUCCAGUUGUGUCCAGCGCCGACCUCCGAAGUGCCUCGAAAUGACCAGCGCCAGCGAGCAGGCGUUCGAUCGCAUCGAAACGAUCGACAUCGGCGGGCAACCGACGGACAUCGUGUUCCACCGGUUCGCCGACAAGCUGUUCCUGAUCAUCACCCAGUACCAGAAGAUGGCCAACGUGUACACGGUCCGAAGCCACGCGCACAGCGAGUUUCCGGAGGACGGCAGCUCUCGGCCGGCGGUGCCAAACGGUGAUGCGGCGUCGACGGCCGCUCACGGUUCCCGGAUCUACAGCAUCAAGCACACGUUCGGGGCGAGCUCGGACGAGGCAGAAGCGGCCAUCCGCUAUCUGAUGAACUUUAUCGAUCAGCACUCUACCGAGAUUGUCAUCACGCUUGCACUAAAGCGGAUCGAUAAGGCCACCCUCGACCAGAUUGGCGGUCAGCUGCGUAAGAUAAUGCUAGGCUAGAGAGCGAGAGAGAGAGGGCGCGAGUGUUUCCUUUUCUGUGCCGUGGGGGGUUUCUAAAACUGUUGCGGGUUUUUUCUAAU